AGGAAAGGUAAAUCGGCGCAACUCCGAUUACUACCAUUAUCUUUGCAACUACGAUACGUGCGAAACGCCUUCAAAUCAUUAAAUAAAUUUUGUAUUUUGAGUGUGGUGUUGAAGGUGGAGGGCCUUUUAUGCGUCAACCAGAUACAAUUAGCGAUGGAAACACAUGAUAGGUUCAUCGCUAUGAUAAUAUAACCCAUGAAAAUGAUCGAAUAUGGAAAAUAAGGUGGAUGUCUAAAGAAAAAUGUCUUUGAGUGGAAGCGAAGGACGACACUGAUGUUUCUUCAAACAAGUAGUCAGCAACAGUCGCAAGAUCACAUCAAGAGGCCUAUGAACGCUUUUAUGGUUUGGUCGAGGGGCCAACGAAGAAAAAUGGCACAAGAAAAUCCGAAGAUGCACAAUUCCGAGAUAUCGAAACGUUUAGGAGCUGAAUGGAAGUUGCUGAGCGAAUCUGAGAAACGUCCGUUCAUUGACGAAGCAAAACGAUUAAGAGCAUUACACAUGAAGGAACACCCAGAUUACAAGUAUCGCCCACGAAGAAAACCGAAGCCAUUAAUAAAGAAAGAAUCGAAAUUUGGCUUCUCAAUAUCGCCGUUACUUUCGCCACCUCUAGACGCAACAUCACUUCAUCGAGCAAUGCUGCCACCAGUAUCAACCCCUACGGGUUUACCGCCGCUAUUAUCAAACGAUCCCGAUCAUCUGAAAAUACCCCGAUCCAUUUUUCCUCCCUUACCUUACCUCUACCCUUUCCGACAUCCCGACGAGUCAAAGAUCGCGGCCGAAUUGGCGCUAUUAUACAACAGUAGUCCGUUAUAUUCCCCUAGCAUUAAUUGGCCAAUUAGUAAUUUAACUGUUAAUAUGAAUAGUCCGUGUAACAUCUGCCCGCCCGCGUUUCCCCGAAGGACUCCAAGUCCGGAAGUAAUCAAAAGGCCAGUCUGCGUGAUAAUGAAACCCGACGAAGUCCGGAAUGAGAUACCGCCCGUUCCAACACACGUUAUAUGAAAACCGCUUCCGGUUCUUCCUGAAAGGUUGAACCUUACCUGGUGGAACGAUAUCACAUCGCAUCUAGUGACGUCGUCCGCCUCAUCCUCUACGUCUACCGCAAUUUCAAAAGACGAUUCGGUAAGAGAAACCAGCGGCAGCCCGUGUUAAAAAAGUGCAUAAGUUAGUGGAAAUUGUGCAAUUGAACCUGUUACACUUUUAAAAGGAUAUCUUUAGGUCAACGGUAUACGUCGUUGUUAGAAACUUUGAUUGAGAAACUGUUUUAUUUUUUAUUAUUCUUAUUUACGUUAAUUGAUGUUUGUAGCAUAAGAAUAAAUUUGUUAGUUCGUUCUUUUAUUGUUCUUUAA